AUGAAUAACAACUAGUAUUAUAUCUUAAAGUACAACCUAAAGUACGCUCUAAAUAAUCCACAAACUUCUGAGCAGGAUAAAAAGACAAUUAUUGUUACAGAGUAGAUCUCAAAUGGAAUAGUAUACUCCUACUAUAUUUAUGCAGUGGCGAGUACUUUCUUAGCUAUAAGACGAUUUAAACAAAAAUACACUGGAGACUCGCAUCUCUUUCAGAUGCAAAAUACUAAAUUCAUUUUUUGGCACUCAUUCAAACUAUUCGUGCUAUAUGAGUUGGCUGAAUACGCUUAGAUGUAAUACAUGGUCUAGCAAACUCAGCAUUUGGUUAAAAAGAGUCACCCUCUCAAAGAUAAUUUGCUUGAGAAAAUCAAUGAGUUUUGA